ACCAUAAAUUAUUACUCACAACAAUUAUGUGAAAAAAUCCAUAGUGCACACAAAAUUGCUACUUUUUCACUAUAUCCAAGUUCCUCCGGAAUUCCCUAUCAGACAAUAGUAUAGUCUCAUACCUAUAUUUAUAAGAAAUUCAAAACAAGAUACAUGAGAAUGAAUAUAGAUAGAUAUACUCAAUAGUUUGGGAGCUAGUUUUACAAGUUCCCCCAGAUUCAAACAUAGAUAUAAUUGCUAUGUAUGAAUUUCACAAUAAUGACGUUGGUACCUCAUACAAUUUCAUACCUGUAUUUCUAGACAUUAUUCAACUACAUAUAGAUAGAUAUAGAGAUUCACCAAGUACAAUAGAUGCUUUUUUCCCUUGUACACUUGCAUGUAAACAUAGAUAUAAUUGUUUAGUAAUUGAAAAAUUGUGCCCGCUCAUGUUUAGUUAGUCGAUUACAGGUCAUGCUCACAAAGCGCUUGUUUACUAUAAUUGAGAGUUAGUAAACUAGAAUUAGAUUGGCGACUAUAAUUCAACAUGACAGUAGCUAAGCUCCCAGGCAAAUUUGAUUAUUUCUUUUGUAUCGGAUCUCCAAGACUUUUAAUACUUUUUUAAUCGUUUCACAUGUGUCCUUUCUUGAGGUGCCUUGAGAUCAAUUUUGAAGGAUGUUCAAGGACUUUUUCCCAGUUUUCAAUUUUAGUAUGGGAAGGUCGAGUCAGUAUUAGUUUUUGACGAGUCAAAACAAGUCAUAACUGUGCUGAGGACGAUACUAGUGUCGUAUGUAACAGGAUAGGAUUGUAAUAGGAUACAUCGGACGGUAGUUCUCUGAUUUUGUGAGUGAUUCGAAUGAAGAGUCUCCAGUAAUGAAGUUGCCGCUAUUUGGAUUACUGGCCAUCUUGUGUCUCAAUGAAGUUACCUCAUCAGUUGAAGACACACUACAUUACAGACUGAGAGACAUCCCUUCAAGACUGCAAGGUUUGGCCAAAGAAAUCUUCCCUAAUGGAAUUCCCAACGAAUUCUUGGACAUGUACAUACCCACUAAUGCCAACAGCUCAAUAUGUAGGAAUCACAGCGCAGUCUACUUGCAGGAGUUCAAGAACUUCACACCGUGGGCUCUACAGAUGUGGGACUCUUCUGGUAAACUGCCAGUCGGUCUGUACUAUGGAAACUUCUAUCACUUGGGGAGCUAUGAGGAAUGUAUGGAAGUGACGUCAUCCUCACCUUUCAAAGUUAGAAGCUGUCUCGUGCAAUUUGGCAACAUGAUUCGGCCACAGAAGACUCCAAAAAACUGGUUUCAGGAAGAAGUAGACACUAUCACAGGUGGUAUACCAGUUCUGAAGGAGAGACUGACAAUAGCAAUGUGUCUGCCAGCUUCUUGUAGUCUAGAGGAUUUAAGACAGCAUUACCAGCCUCUAGCCAGCAAGUUCAAUUCAUCCUUGCAUUUCGACCAGUAUAGUUGUUCGAAAACUAUUGAAGAGAUGAAAAUCACUAAGCUGGAGAUGUUCUCUUUUGUAAUGCUGCCCUGUAUGUUCGCUAUAGUGCUGCUCGCCACCAUUAUUGAUGCAUAUUUUCUUCAUUGUUUCAAAAAAGGAUUUUUGAAGGAGUUGAUUCGGUCUUUCUCAGCUGGUAGAAACGGCAGUUACCUGUUGAAGAGUAGUGACAGCUUCUCAUCAAUUGAUGGCAUCCGUUUCCUGAGCGUUCUCUGGAUUAUGAUGAGUCAUCACUCUCUGUUCGACAUUGUCAAGCCGGCUGUCAACUAUUUGAACAUAUCACAGCUCUAUUCCAAAUGGUACGCCACCGUAAUUCUGAAUGGAGUUCUAGGAGUGGACAACUUUAUAAUCAUCAAUGGAGUUUUGCUUACUUACUACUUCCUAAUCAAUAUGAAAGCUGGAAUAAAAUUCAACCUGCCUAUGUUCUAUCUUCACAGACUAAUCAGAGUAUUUCCAGCCUACUUAUUCCAAAUCCUGAUGACAAUGACACUUUACCCGAGGAUGUUUGGUGGUCCCAUGUGGGAGUACUUCGUGGGACGUCACAGAGAUAUUUGCCAAAAAAAUUGGUGGACAAACGUACUUUUCAUCAACAACUACGUGGAACCUGAUUUUCAGUGUAUCCCUUCAUCAUGGUACCUAUCAGUGGAUAUGCAGCUGUAUAUUCUGUCACCUCUCAUACUUAUACCGCUGUAUAGGUGGAAGAAGUCACCCAAAUACUUGAUUUCAGCACUUAUUAUAGUGGGCAACGUUAUUUCAUUUGGCGUAUCUUACUACAAUGAGUUUCCAGCUGGCAGUGUUGUAUCAAGUAACUACGACGCAGCAAGGAAGCACGCCGGCCAAUAUGUUACAACACAUACCAGAUUGGGUCCAUGGGGCGUGGGCAUUGGAUUAGGGUACAUACUCUUUCUAACCAGGGGCAAAAACGUCACCAUGAAUAAGAAUAUAGUGAGCCUCUGCUGGAUACUGUGUGUGGUAUGUGCCGGCUGUAUAUUCCAGUCAAUCACCUAUUUCCAUCAGGAUGAAAACCCCUACAACCGACUGCUAUCGUCUGCUUAUACCGGACUGGGAAGCUCUCUGUGGGCCCUGUGUAUAUCAUGGGUUAUAUUCGCCACCGAGCAUGGUUAUGGAGGUCCCGUAGGCAGAUUCCUGUCAUGGAACUUUUUUCAGCCACUGUCAAAACUCACCUAUGUGAUUUAUUUGGUACACGUUGGUGUGGAAUACGCUUAUUUGGCACUGAUCAAAUCGGCCGCUCAUUUUGAAGUUCUCUUUACGAUAAGGGAAACAGCUGGCGAAAUCCUGAUAAGUAUCCUGUUAUCUCCAAUAGUGUCUCUGGUAUUCGAAAUGCCAUUCAUAAAUGUGGAACGAGUUAUAAGGAAGAAAUUUCUUGGAUCCCAGAAAAGCAGAGUUCAAGAGUCAACCGAAAAACCUGGAGAUGGAAAACAGAUUGAGAAUUUGAAACUAGUGAAUAAAGCAUUUGUCAAAUGAAA